AUGUCGGAGGAGGGCCGCCUAGAGUAUGUCAAAAGAAUGGUUGGUUUCCCAUCAGCAAUUUCCCUGGCGGAGGGUAAGAUUUGGGUUCUUUGGGAUCCUAUUCUCAACAUCAGCUUUAGCACGCUAGCGGAGCAGUUAGUGGAUAUGGAGAUCAGUUCUCCAGUUGGGUCGUUCUUUUUCUCCGCGGUCUAUGCCCGAUGUACUGGGGUGGCUAGACGUCCGCUUUGGAGUGCUAUGGAGAGGUUGGCGUCUUUGAGACAAAGAUCCUGGAUGGUGGCUGGGGAUUUCAAUAUCAUCACGGAGGCGUCAGAAAGGCUUGGGAGAUUGGAUAGAGUGGUGAUUAACCAGGAGUGGGCUGAGAUGUGUUCAGUGACACGAGUGUUGCACCUGUCCAGGGGACGGUCAGAUCAUGCGCCAUUACUGAUCAAGUGUGGUUCAGGAAGGCAGGGUAAAUCGGCCUUCAGGUAUCUCAAUGUGUGGCCCCGUCACAGGUCCUUUCUUGGGGUUGUUCAAGAGGUAUGGGGAGGGGGAGGCCCUUCACGUACGAUGUCAGAAUUUUAUCAAAAACUGUUGGGGGUGAAGAGCAAGUUGAGGGUAUGGAACAAGGAGGUUUUCAGGAAUAUAGGGACCCGGGUGGCGGAGCUCGAGAGGGAUAUGCGGACUACCGAAAUGCAGUAUGAUACGGGGAGAACUGUGGCAGCGAAGAUUGUUUAUCAUGAGGCUCGGGCGGCAUAUAUGAAGCAAUUGGCUGUUGAGUGUGGGUUUUGGCGUCAAAAGUCGAGGAUAAAAUGGAUACAUGAGGGGGAUGCGAACACGGCUUUCUUCCAUUCUGUGGUUCGGCAAAUGCGGGCUUCAAAUUGCAUUUCUGGGAUUCGGAGUACGACGGGGCAGUGGCUGACUGAGGCUGAGGACAUUAAGAGUUCGGCAGCAGCAUUCUUCCAGGCGUUAUUCAGUUCGGAUAGGGAUACUGAUCGGCAGCCAGUAUUGCCUUUUGUUCUCCCACAGGUGUCUCCGGGGGAUAAUGAGAGAAUGCUGGCCCUGCCAACAACGGAUGAGGUGCGAGAAGUGGUGUUCUCGAUCAGUCCUGAUAGUGCCCCUGGUCCAGACGGCUUUGGGUCAGGCUUUUACCAGGCGUGCUGGGAGAUAGUUAAGGAUAGUUUAGUGGCUGCUAUCCAGGAUUAUUUUAGAGGGGGGUGGCUGCCAAAAGGAGUAACCAGUACAUUGAUUGUGUUGAUACCCAAAAUUCAGGGGGCUACUCGGUGGCAGGAAUUCCGGCCAAUCAGUCUAUGUAAUGUAAGCUCCAAGAUAAUAUCUAAAUUAGUUUCCAAUAGGCUGAAUCAGCUCCUACCCCAACUGAUCUCUCCUUGGCAGUCUGGCUUUGUUCUGGGCCGUCAAAUAAUGGAUAACAUUCUCCUGGUGCAAGAACAUGCCAAAGAAUUGGACCGUCGCUUGGAGGUUCCGAACCUCUUGUUAAAGCUUGAUAUGGAGAAGGCAUAUGAUAGAGUGGAGUGGUCCUUUCUCUUGUUCAUGCUUAGAUCGUUUGGCUUCCAAGAACCUGCGGUUGAUCUGAUUUUCCGUUUGGUCGCCAAUAAUUGGUUCUCAGUGCUAGUUAAUGAGGAGCCGGCUGGAUUCUUCAAGUCAACGAGAGGGCUUGCACGGGAGACAUUAGAAGCUAUUAGUGACUUCUUCAAACGGUACCAACAGUAUUCAGGACAGAAGAUUAAUGUGGCAAAGAGUGGUUUUGUGUGCUCCUCUUGGGUGUCGGAGACGCAGGUGGAGCUGGUGGCUAGCAUUCUGGGCUUUCCGAGGCAAUUUUUCCCGCUGGUUUAUCUUGGUGUCCCCAUUUCCCGAGGUCGAUGUUCCUCUAUUGCCUUUGAUGGGAUUCUUGCAAGAGUGAGGGCACGGAUCUUCCACUGGAGCGGGAAGUUGUUGUCCAUGGGAGGAAAAUUAAUUCUUAUAAAACAUGUCUUGAAUUCCAUGCCGCUCUAUCUGCUACAGGUGCUUAAACCCCCCAAGGCAGUGUUUGUUGCCCUGGGAAGAUUAUUCAACUCCUUCCUAUGGGAUAAAUCCAAGGACGAUAAACGAACGCAUUGGGCGUCCUGGGAGAAGCUGUGUUUUCCCACGGAGGAAGGUGGGUUAGGGGUUAGGCUGCUGGAGGACAUGGUCAAAGCCUUCUCGUAUAAACUGUGGUGGAGGCUACGUCAAAGGGGCUCCUUGUGGUCGGAUUUUAUGUACUCCAAGUAUAUUGGGGACCAGCACCCGUUGAAAGCGGAGGUACCAAGGCCGACUGGUACAUGGAAGCGAUUGCUAGGUAUACGGGAGGUGGCGGAGAAACAAAUUUCAUGGAGUCUCGGCCCGGGAAUGGUGGAUUUCUGGUUGGACACGUGGUGCGAGUUGGGCCCUUUAACUGCAUUGGUUCCGGCGGAGAGCGACAGACCACAUUUUUUGGUGGCGGAAUUCCUUGAUAGGGAAGGAUGGAACAGAGGCAGACUUCUUCACUGGCUCCCGGCCACUCUGGUGGAUUUGAUAGUGGAGAUUCCUUUCGACCUUGAGGGGCAGGAUUAUAUCCUGUGGGCGAAAUCGGCGACAGGGCAAUUUUCCUUAACUUCGGCUUGGGAGCUGUGCCGGCAACGUCGGACCGCAUUGGCACUGCCUCAACUGGUUUGGAAUAAGGGUACACCGAUAAAAAUUUCACUAUUUGCUUGGAGGCUGUUGAACAACUUUGUGCCCUUGGACUCGGUGAUGCGUCGACGUGGCCUGCCCUUGGUAUCCAGGUGCUCCUGCUGUCUACAAGAGGCGGAAUCAUUGCCAUAUCUUUUCGUUAAUGGCCCAAUAGCGAGGGAGGUUUGGGGACAUUUUGCCAGUAAGUUUGGCAUUCUUCACUGCCCUCCUGAUGAUAUUCAGCUUGUGUGGAGGAUGUGGGCCACUUCGUUGACUCACAUCCCUGCUCAUCAUAUUCGGUGUGUCCUACCGUUAGUGGUUACAUGGUUCAUAUGGCGGGGACGAAAUAAGGCAAGGUUCGAAGGGCAGGAAUUUUCGGCUAGGGGGGUCAUCGUGGAAGUUGGCAACUUCUUGCACGACCUGGGAAGAGCAAAUAGGCUGGAUAAGGCACAGUUUCGGGGUGACCGGGAUUGCGAGUGGGCACGGUUAGCAGCGGGUACGGCCCAUAAACGGUGA